AUGAACGUGUGUUUCUCACCGGAGCAUUUUAUGCAGUGGACUGUCAACAAAUAACAUGGCGCCGCUCUCUACUUAACUGAACCGUACUCGAUGUUAUAAAUGGAAGGUGAAAUCUCGUGUUGGAGUUAAGAAAGGUCAUCGGAGCUGCUGGAGGCUGAACACUGAACUGCAGUGAAGUCAUGGUGCUGAAGAUCUUCUUCCCGCAGUGCUGUAACCGGGCGGACAGCGGACUGCUGGUUGGCCGCUGGAUCUCCGGCCACGACUCUGCCGUGGUGUUGGCCGUCAUCCACUAUCCGUUCAUCCCCGGACAUGUCAAAAAGUACAUCCAGCAGAUCCAGGCCCAGGGUGGGGUGGAGCUGUCGGUGCUGGGCUCAUGGAGUUUACCCAAAGACGGUCAGGAGGGUAUGGAGAGCUUUCUCAGAGACCUCAGCACCAUCUUCCCCCAGAAACGCUGGCUGCAGAUCAACCGCGAGGUGGGCAAGACCGGCUUCACCUGUCAGGUCCUCAACCAGGAUCAAAAUGGAAGAGCAGUUCAGCAGGAGACGAAGAAGAAUGAGGAGGGUGAUGAAGAAGAGCAGCAGCAGCAGCAGCAGGAGGAGGAAGAGAAGGUGAUCUUCGUCCACUACGAGCAGAGGAAGGUGAUGUUGUCGCAGCUUCACCCCAUCGAGAACGAAGUUCCCGACCCCCAAACUGAUCCACCAUCCGAGCUCAGACAGAUGUUCCAGACGGUGGCCCACAGCCAGCCUCUGUUCUUCCUGGACAAGUACGACGACGGGCCGCUGAAGUUGACACACUGGCAGUCUGAAGGUCGAGAGGCCAGCAUCAUCGUGGAGCUGCUAAAGCAGGCCUCCGUCCCGCUCUGCCUGCUCAUCAGCUGGCUGCUCUCCAUAUGGACCUGGAUCUGUAACAUCUGGAUCUUCAGUCUUUACCCGCUGCGCUUCCUGUCCAGUAAGCUGUCCACCUGUGUCCAGCUCAGCUACAGAACCGAACACAUGAGGACGCUCAGCUCAACGAAACCAGCCGCCGGACACACGCAGUUCAUGAGGAAAGCAAACAUCUUGGUGUCGUUCCUGGUGGAUGUGGCUCUCGGCAUGUUGCUCAUCUCGUGGCUCUACAGAGACAACCACAUCACCAUGUUAGCCAACACACUGGUGCCUGCAGCUGAUCAUGUGGCUAAAGAGCUGGAGGAGCUGCUGCAGUGGCUGAUGGGAGCUCCUGCGGGGCUGAAGAUGAACCGGGCCCUGGAUCAGGUUCUGGGCCGCUUCUUCCUCUACCACAUUCACCUCUGGAUCAGCUACAUCCACCUGAUGUCUCCCUUUAUCGAGGGGAUCCUAUGGUACGGAGGCCUGUCGGCCUGCCUGGGCCUGAGCUUUGCCCUCUCGCUGCUCUCUGACAUGGUCGCCCUGCUCACCUUCCACAUCUACUGCUUCUACGUCUACGGAGCCAGGCUGUACUGUCUGAAGAUCUACGGCCUCUCGUCCCUCUGGAGGCUCUUCAGAGGCAAGAAAUGGAACGUCCUGCGGCAGAGGGUGGACUCCUGCUCCUAUGACCUGGACCAGCUCUUCAUUGGAACGCUGCUGUUCACCGUCCUGCUGUUCCUGCUGCCCACCACAGCGCUCUACUACCUGGUCUUCACUCUGUUGCGGCUGGUGGUGGUGCUGUUCCAGGGCGUCCUCCACCUCAGUGUGGACUUCAUUAACUCUUUCCCUCUGUUCGCCAUGGGCCUCCGCAUCUGUCGGUCCUACAGACUGGCAGAGGGUGUAAAGUUCAGGGUGCUGUGUGAGGAGCCUGGGACGGCCCUUCACCUGCUGAUGGAGAUUAACCCUCUGAAGUGCAGCACAGUGGUUCAGACCUACCGAACCCCGACUUAUAGCUGUUACCCCAAAGACUCAUGGGCUGCCCUGGUCAAGAAACUGUUUGUUGGGGAGCUGAUUUACCCCUGGAGACACAAAACCACCAAGACUGACUGAGAGACAUCAGCCAGUAAUGUGAGAGAGAGAAAGACAAGGGAGAGAUGAGGGGACAGAGGAAAGGGAAGUGACUGAAUAAAUAAUGAGAUGGAAACAGACAGAUGGAGGAGACAUGGGGGAAACGAGGGUGAAUUUGGCACAAAGCCCUUUGAUUUACGCUGCUUUCAUGUUAGAUGAAUGAAGAACGUCACAGACAGUGUGUUGUUGUUUUUUAACAAGACUGAAGCUGCCAAGUCACUACACUUUUUAUCUGAUCAGUUGUUUUCUGAUCAGCUUGAAGAACAACAAAAAACGAGUCAGUGUUUUAGAGCACAACGAACAUGGCAAUGUCAGCCACAAACCUAAAAACCAGCAAGUAGUCACGUCCUGCUGCUGUUAUAAGAACUGUGAUCAAAAAAUGACUUCCUUUUAUUUUCAUCAUUUUAUUAAGGAAAUUAAAUUAAAUACGACUCCAUCGUUACACACAAGCAGCUGAAAGGUGAGGAGAACAGUAAUUUACUUACACCCAUGGAAACACUAAAGGACCAAAACAAUUUUUUUUAUGCGUUUGAAUUUGAGAUUUGAAAAUGACCCCACACUUUGACAUUAUUUUUAAAGGCCUACCGACCUUGUUUGUCCUCUACAUGUCAGUGAAAUCUUCACUGUUUGUAUGACCAGCAAAUGUGCACGAGUUAGUUCAUGUACUGUAGCUCAAACACUGGACUUUUAAGCUCUCAGCUCAGUGUAAUCAGCUAUGAAACACUUAACAAAUACAUGUACGUAUUAAGACGGUGUAGUCCCUCAUUCGUCCAGGAGUGUUCUAUCGUAGAAAAGGUUUCAGUCGUCAUUGUAUGUACAUGUUGCUGUAUGUUGUGUUUGGUAUGAUGCUGCUGUUCCACUGCCUUAUGGCUCUGAAAAAUAGUACAUCACUGAUCUUCCAAGAUACCACUUCCCACUGUCAUAUACAGAUUCUUAUCGCCAGUCCAGCAUACCAAAACCCAACAGUGACGUACCACUCAAUCAACAUAUGCCACUAUAACCAAAAUGGCAGCAACUUUUCAUUCUGCUUUACUCAGCACAUUCAUGCUCCCCACAGAGUAAACCCUUCCUGUUCUGGACACCCCAUGAGUUUUCCUGUAACACCACCUUUAGGACAAAAUGCCAACUUCCUUAUGCAAGAUAUCUCAUAAUAUAAGAGAUAUAUUGUCAUGAAAUAUGAUAUUUAUGCUCCCCAGAGGAUAAAAAAGGAGUCAUCAAAUCAGCGAACUGACUCAGUAUUUAGAGUAAGGUCAGUAUUUGACCUUGGAAACAGUAGUUUGGAAAACAAUCUUAACUCGAGGUCCACUCCAUAGCUUUUUUUUAAAGCCUGGGUUCACUAACAAAGGGACAGAUUUCCAGUUUAUUAACUGCACUGACCAUGUUGAUCAUUUGAACCUUUUAGAUUUUAUAUUAUUAAAUUAUUAGCAAGAGUCUACUUCAAAUGAUACUAACUGGACAAACUAAUUUUUUUUUUUUAAAACAACAUUGUUGGUUUUUUUAUCUUUUAAGAGUUUUAGUGAAAAUUAAAUGAUUUGUGUUUUUAUUUUAUGUUAAUUUGUUGCCAUAUUUCCUCCAUACACUGGACCUAUUUGACUCUGAUGAAUGAGUUUGUGUCUUAAGAGUCAGUUACAGAGGGAGAUGAACAGUCAUGCAAAGCAAAUCCUUAUAAAUCUGAUUCUGCUUGGGGUCAGUUUGUCAACAUUUGUCUUUUUAUUUAUGUGCCUAUUCAUGUCAUUUUUAAUUAAAUGUUGUCCUUAAAUUCUUUGCAACAGUCAACCUGAACCGGCUUUCCUUAAAAGAAACAGUCCUACAGAUUGGGACUUUGACACAGUCUUUGUGCUAAGCUAGGCUAAAAACAUUGUGUCCAACAUCUGUACUGGACAUGCAAAGAUGAAGCUGAUAUUCACUUUAGGCAGCAAGCAAGAUUUCCCCAAAUUUCAGACUGUUUCUUUAAUGUGAAUUAUUGCUGUUUUAUUUUACCUAAAUCUUUACCUUUACACCCUGUUCUUUAGCGUCCUUAGCACCAAUUUGUCAUUUCUAAUAGUUAAACUGGUAAAUUUGCAUUCUUAUUUUUGUUAAUCUUUUAUUUUAUCAUCCCCUGUUGAUCUGUUCUAAAUGUUCCAAUGCCAUUUAAUAAAAUUCAUACAUAUUUAAUAUA